AUGACUGAUGAAUCAUCUAUUGCUGAUAUUAGUCCUCCAAAAACAACACUCAAUGAUGAUAAAACAUCGCUAUGCCAGCAGCUUAUGAGUCGAUUACAGGCAUUAAAUUCUCUUACAGCAACAACAGCAGUAUCAAAGAAGCAGAUAUGGUUAGAAUUCCUUUCACUUUGGUUCGACAUCUUACAAAAUUCUGUUUCCGAUGUUCCGUCAUGCUAUAAAGAAUGUUCUCGACUUCCACAUAAUAUGAUUAACAAAACUAGUUUUUAUCAAUUAAAACGAGAGACAGAUGUCGCUCGACAAACUUUUUUUACAUGCCUUUCCCUGCUCAAUCUAUCACACAUCAAAGAUUAUCUUAAGUCGACGAAUGAGAAUGGUGCAGUGUCAACAAAUCAGGCGUAUUGUACUCAGGUUAACUUUAUGCUAAGCCUCCUCUCAGAAGCACUUCCUUAUUUACCAUUGCUAUCGACCGAUGAGGAGAAAAUAAUCGAGAAAAGCACUGAACUUUUUACAUUACUCAUUGAAUAUGUUGAUCUCUGCAUGCCGAUUAAAUCAAAAACAACUGAACAGAAGGACUAUAAACUAGAUUCCCCUAUUAUGGAUAUCCUUUCUGUAUUGUGGAAUCUACUAGAUCGUACGGUAUUUGUGCCAACCUUUUUAAAAUGUGAUCUACCGAAGAAAGUGGUCCUUUGGUUAGCACAAGCACGCAUGUUGUUAGUUGAAAGUCGACAACCACUUAUCCAUAUUGCUCUUAAUAUUUCUUGGCAUGAUGAGGGAGCCGAUGAACUUAAUAAAUAUAGAGCUAUUGCUGUUAUCAAACAAUAUCAAAAAAAAUAUAUCGAAGAUGAUUCCAGAUUAAUUGUUUUUGGUAUGGUUUUGGCUCUUCUCUCAACACCUGAACAACUUAAAAAUGAUGCAAAAGAUAUGAAGAUUGUACUUGAUAAAUUACUACAACUUGUCAUAAAUGCUGAUAUUAAUAAAAGUUCUCGUUAUAAUGGUUUUCACAUUAGUGAACCUUUAGGCGUUUUAGUCAAAAUGUUUGUUGUCGAGGAGCAAACACUUGAUUAUACACUUUGUCGUGCUGAAACUGAACCUCCAUCUGAUAUGCAUUCGACCAUUAGUUUAUUUAUUUCUUUAUUUUUCAAGUUUUCCAAUGCAUUGAAAGGAGACAAUGGUCUUGAACAGUUUACAUUGACAGCUAUUCUAAAUAUUCUGUGGAGUAUUUCUUUUCAUCCAAUUUAUGGACAAGAAUUACUUAGUGAUGAAAAAUUAAUAGAUACAAUAAAAACAUUCACAGACGAUCAUAAUCAACAAGAAAUUGUUGAACAAUAUAGACGAAGAUCAAUGGAAAGUAUUAAAUCAGCAACGUAUGGAAUUUUACAUAAUCUUAAUCGAAAAAUUACAAAUGAUAUUGCAUCUGAUGAAAAAAUUGUUACUCACGAUAUUCGCGAAUCAAACUCCAUGAAAGGAAAAUCUGACAAACCAAUGAUUAUGAUUAGUUAUUGUCAUAAGAAUGAUAGUUUUUGUACUGAAUUAUUUAAUUUGUUAACUACACAUAAUGAUGCAUUUGAUAUAUGGAUUGAUCGAACACAUUUGCAAGGAGUUGAUGAUUUAUGGGAAUUAAUUGCUUAUGGAAUUGAACGAUCUUCUAUUGUAGUGAGUCUUAUUUCGAGUCAAUAUUUUGAAAGUAAAUCAUGUC